AUGAUGGAAAACCAGACAGUUCUUAAAGAAUUUUUCAUUCAUGGAUUUUCCAAUAGUGCCAAGUACACAAUCGUCUUAUUUGUUAUAUUUUUACUUAUUUACUUGCUUGGAAUACUUGGAAAUUUGAUUAUUAUCAUAGUGAUUUUCAAGGAUGUACACCUACAUACUCCUAUGUAUUACUUUAUCUGCAACUUGUCAUCUGUGGACAUCUUUUAUACCACAGUCACCCUUCCUAAACUUAUGGAUAUUCAAUUGACUGGUAAAAUAUCGAUGUCUUUUAUACAGUGCUUUAGUCAGAUGUACUUUUUCAUAUUCAUGGGUGUCACAGAAGUUUUACUGCUCUCCUCCAUGGCUUAUGAUCGUUAUAUUGCUAUAUGUUUUCCCCUACAAUAUCAAUAUAUGAUGAGUAACAGAAAAUGUAUUCUUAUUUUUGUAGGCAUCUGGAUGUCUGCAUGUGGCAAUGCUUUGUAUAUGACCGGUUUUGCUUCCACAUUAUCAUUUUGUCAUUCUAACAAAUUACAACAGUUCUUCUGUGAUAUCAAGGCCCUUUCUGAACUAUCCUGUGCAGACAUGAUAAUUUAUGUUGUAGUCUACGUAGAGACUUUCUUUUUUGGACUGUGUCCUUUUUUGCUUAUUUUAAUAUCGUACGUCAAAAUAAUCACCGGCAUCCUACACAUUAGGUCCAAAGAUGGUAGAAGAAAAGCCUUCUCUACCUGCACCUCGCAUCUCACUGUUCUAUUCCUCUUUUAUGCAACUAUUUUGUGGUUGUACACAAAGCCACCAAUAAAACACUCUGAGGAAAUAGACCAGGUGUUUUCAGUGCUGUACACAGCAGUGACUCCAAUGUUAAACCCGCUAAUAUACAGUCUGAGAAACAAAGAGAUAAAAGAUGCACUGAUAAGACUUCUAGUAAACAGCAUAAAGUCAUGGCAGACUUGA